AUGAAGCAAAGAGUAACGUCAUUGGACCUACAGAUUUUGACCAGUGAGUUGAAGGAGAACCUCUUGAAUUACAGGUUGCAAAAUAUCUACAAUGUGGCAAACUCGUCGAGACAAUACAUCUUGAGGUUUGGAUUGCCUGAUUCAAAAAAGACCGUCGUUCUUGAUUGUGGAAACAAGCUCCACUUGUCUGACUUCGAAAGACCAAUUGCCCCUGCGCCCUCGAAUUUCGUCACGAAGUUGAGGAAGCACUUGAAGACAAGAAGGCUUUCCAACUUAAGACAACUCAAGACUGAUAGAGUGCUUGUUUUUGAGUUCUCCGAUGGUCUUUAUUACUUGGUGCUUGAAUUUUUCAGUGCCGGUAAUAUGUUGUUGCUAGAUCACGAAAUGAAGAUAAUGUCAUUACAAAGAGUUGUUACCAACACCGAGGCUGGCAAUGAUAGGUAUGCCGUUAAUGAGACCUAUAGAAUGUUCGACAAAUUACUCUUCGACGAAGAGCAGCAAUAUGAAAAGAGAACGUAUACUAAAGAUGUGGUCAAGGGAUGGGUUUCUGCUCAUAAAGAUAAACUCGUUGGCGAUCUGUCCGAGAAGAAAAAGAAGAAGGUCUUUUCAAUUCAUAAGCUUGCCUUCGUUCAUGCUAGCCAUCUUUCAAGUGAUCUCAUUUUAAAGGGCCUCGCCGAAGUCGGCAUCUCUCCUACCCAAAGCUGCCUCGAGAUGUUGGAUGAUAAUAACUUACUCGAAAAAGUGAUUGAGGCUCUUGAGUUGACUGAGACAAGAUAUUUGGAUUUGUUGUCUGAAAUGCAAAAUCAAAAAGUGCGAGGUGUAAUUGUGGAAAAGAAGAAUAGGUUGCAUGAUGCGAGCAACUCUGAUUCCUUGGAGUUUGUUUUCGAUGAAUUUCACCCUUUUGUCCCAUACAAAGCCAAUAGGGACGAGCUUCGUUUUCAAGAGAUUGAGGGCUACAACAAGACUCUUGACAAAUUCUUCACAAAUCUCGAGUCCACGAAAUACGCAUUGAGAAUAGAGCAGCAGAAACAACACGCUCAAAAGCGUUUGGACACUGCCAAAAAUGAAAGAGACAAACAGAUUCAACUGCUUCAACUGCAAUCGGAGAGUAAUGAAAAGAAAGGAAACGCAAUUAUAUACCAUGCAGAUUUGGUGGAAGAUUGCAAGCUGUCCAUCCAAGAGUUGAUCAACAAGCAGACCGAUUGGACUAUCAUCGAAAAGUUGAUUAAGAUGGGUCAACAAAGAAAUGACAAAAUUGCACAAACAAUUAAACUCCCUCUUAACCUUAGGGAGUCCAAAAUCAAAUUAGCAUUGCCUGAUCCUGAUGUAAUUCAAGAUGCUAACGUCAGCGACGACUCAGAUGUGAGUUCUGACUCGUCUGCAAGCGAAUCUGAAAGCGGAUCUGAAUCAGAUCUGGAUUCAGAUAAUGAUACAGAUGAUCUGGAGUCUGAGUCUGAUGUCUCUGACUCUGAAUUUGAAGAGUCUCAAUCUACCAAAAAAAAAUCUUCAAAAACGAAACUGAAGCACUCAGUUGCAACGAUCAAUGUUGACAUCGAUCUCAAUCUCUCCGCAUUCGCUAACGCUAGAGUCUACUUCGACUCGAAAAAAUUUGCUGUAUCGAAGCAGAAUAAGGUUGAGCAGAACACACAGAUUGCUUUGAAGAAUGCGGAGCGGAAGAUCCAAAAAGACCUCGCGAGGAACUUGAAGCAAGAGACUGAUGAGCUCAAGGCAAUCAGACCAAAGUUUUGGUUUGAAAAGUUCUUUUGGUUCGUGUCUAGCGAGGGCUACUUGUGCCUUGCUGGCCGAGAUGACUUGCAGACUGAUAUGAUUUAUUACCGUCAUUUUAGUGAUAAUGAUUGUUUUGUAUCUGCUGAUAUCGAUGGCGCUCUCAAAGUUUUUAUUAAAAACCCUUAUAAAGGAAAGCCUUUGCCUCCAUCUACACUCUUUCAGGCUGGUAUAUUUGCAUUAUCAACGUCAGUUGCAUGGAAUGGGAAAUCCAGUACUUCUGCAUGGUGGCUACCUGGAGACGAAGUGUCAAAAAAAGAUGUUGAUAAUACCUUGUUAGGACCAGGUAGGCUCAAUAUCAAGGGUAAAAAAAAUUUCAUGCCACCGGCACAAUUGGUCAUGGGAUUUGGUCUCUAUUGGCUAGUCGACGAGGAGACAACCAAGAAAUACACCACUGCUCGUUUGCUAAAACAAGAUGAGCAUGGUUUGCAUCCUGAGGUCAGUAACAGAAAGCGUGACCUUGAAAGCUUGAACCUCACGGCUAUCUUGAACGAGAGAGAACAGAAGGAAGCAAAUGAUGGAGGAUUUCAGAAGGACGAAGUUUCUGAGAAGGAUAUCAGUGAAGAGAAGGAAGAAUACAAUAAUAUGGAUUCUGCAUCAGUAAAUCGAACUGAAAAGGAGGUCGAGGAGGCAAGGCGGUCUUUCUUGAACACCAAUGUUCGUGGUAAGAAGGGUAAAUUGAAGAAAAUCAAUACAAAGUACGCUGAUCAAGAUGAAGAGGAGAAACUCAUGAGAAUGCAGGCACUUGGAACCUUGAAACAAAUUCAGGAACGAGAAAAACAAAAGGAAGAAGAAGCCAAAAGAAAUGCUGAAGCCGAAAAAGAGAAGUACGUGAACAAAGGCGCUGAGCGUUCUAAUCUUAAGGAAAUCAGGCAAUUGAAGAAGUACUUACAAGAUGACGAAGACAGUGUUGACAGCAAAUACUUAGAGCAGCUUGAUUCCCUUUUACCCAGAGCUGCCAAAGGCGAUGAGAUUGGCUCAUUUGUUCCAGUAUUUGCGCCUUGGUCUGCCCUCAAUAAGUUCAAGUACAAGGUCAAGAUCCAGCCUGGGCUCGGUAAAAAGGGCAAGUCAGUUACUGAGGCUAUUCUGUACUUUUCCAGCAGGAAGGUUGAAAAAACCGAGGAUGUGGAAGUUGAUUGGCCUGUAGAGCACGAAUUGCUCAAAGGUGCUAGAUCGAAUGAUAUCAUUGGUGUGUUCACGGUCAGCAAAGUCAAACUUGUUUUACCCGGAAGCAAUGCGAAUGACAAAGGUAAAGGAUCAGGAAAAGGUGGUGGAAAGAAAGCAGGUAAGAAAAAGUGA